CCCGGUCAUGGUCAACACUAUUACCAUCUUCCCUUCCGAUCUCACCUCGUCACCGUGUCCGUCCAUCUCCAUUUAUAUGUCACAUCACCCUCCCUGCUUUCAGCACUCCACACUCUCAAGCUAAGCUAGCCAGCACCUCGAUCUAGCAGCAAUGGCGUCGUCCAGGAGAGCCGUCCUCGUCCUGCUAGCCGUGGUGCUGCUGGCGGCGGCAGUGCCGGCGGCGCUGAGCCAGAAGACGACGGCCCCGGCGCCAGAAGAGGCGGCGCCGGACGCGCCGGCGGCGGGGACGACGACGCCCAAGGUGGCGGCGGCGCCGAACGUGACGGCGGUGCUGGAGAAGGCCGGGCAGUACACCAAGUUCAUCCGGCUGAUGGCGUCGACGCAGCAGGACACGCAGCUGAACGCGCAGGCCAACGAGUCGGACACGGGCUUCACGGUGUUCGCCCCCACCGACAACGCCUUCAACAGCCUCAAGCCGGGCACCCUCAACUCGCUCUCGCAGCAGGACCAGGUGACGCUCGUGCAGGCGCACAUCGUCCCCACCUUCUACUCCAUGGAGUCCUUCGAGACCGCCAGCAACCCCGUCCGCACCCAGGCCUCCGGCACCGACGGGCCCUGCACCGUCAACGUCACCGCCACCAGCAACAGCGCCGUCAACGUCUCCACCGGCAUCGUACACACCACCGUCGGCACCGCGCUGCGCGCCACCAGGCCGCUCGCCGUCUACUCCGUCGACAAGGUGCUGCUGCCCAUGGACCUCUUCGGCCCCAAGCCGCCGGCGUCCGCGCCGCUGGCCCCGGGAAAGAAGCCCUCCUCCGCCAAGGGGGCAGCCAAGGCGCCCUCGGGGUCGGACGAGGACGAGGACGACGAGACAACCCCGCCCGCCGGUGCGGCCGCAGCCGUCGGCGCCGGAUGGAGGAGCCUCGUCGCCAUGGUGGCUGCCGCCGCCGCCGCCGCGUGCCUCUUGUAAGAAGAAGAAAAUUCAAGCUGGGAGGAUCAUUCAUGGUCCAUGAGACCGACGGAUCGAUGGAGACUAGCUGCGUGCGUGCAUGCUGUGCAUGGAUUUGGAUAGGUUACUACUACUUCUUGCUGGCUGCUUCUUCUUCUGAUCUUCUUCUUUUGUUGUUAAAUGUCCAUUUUUGUUCUCUUUCUUUUCUCCCCCUGUUAAGAUGGGCUUAAGAUGUGAUAAGAUUCCUCGAUGUUCCACUGUUGAA